AUGGCACGUCUCGCGAGAAGCUCGUCGGCCAAUCCGUCCGUUCCCGUCAACGAAGACCAGGGAGGGCAAGGUGACGGCGGCGAUGAGGUUUACGGGGGGAUUUGCGAGGAGGGCUUAGCGGAGAGGUUGGCGGAGAAAGGGAGAGCUGGCGAACAGGGUUCGAAGACUGAGGGAGCGCGGGAUAGCAGCGGCAACAGCAGCAGCGACAGCAGUCACGAGAGCGCGGCGGAUGACGAGAAGGGGCUGCGCGCCUUCCUGCGGCAUUGCCGCCAGCGUGUCAGGCGCGCAAGCAACACGAGCGCCGACGAGAGCAGCGCCGUUGGCGAGGAAGGCGGAGAGGGAAAGGCGACCGCGGCGGGGGGUCCGCUGAAGCGAAGCUUGACGGAGGAUGCGACGGGGGAGAUGAUGGCGCGGAGCAGCAUGGGCGGGGGCUCGUUGCAGGGCUUCACGAGGGGGGCGAGCUUGUCGCGGUCGACGAGCGACGUGCUGCAGGAAGCUGAGAUGGACGAGAUGGACAGAGAGGUGCUGCAAGAGGCGUUCGUGCGCGUGGCGGCGCUGCAGCAGCGCGUGCAGCACUACCGCGAUCUGGGCGGGUUCGUGGUGCUGAUGGCGCUAUUCAUCACCAUCCUCUACCUCCAGGCCGACUCCUCCCGCAGCUACGAGAUCACCGCCGCGCAUGCCGUGCUCUUCCCCCCCGGCAUGCGUCAGGACGCGUCCAACACCUUCAACGGUCCAGAUGACUUCUACAAUUGGCUCAACACCAGCAUCGUGCAGGCCGCACACUCGUCAGCCCGUGCACUCCACUCCACUCCUCUCUUCAUUGCCCCUCCCUUCUCCCCACCGCCCCUGCAGAGCCUCUGGACAGACCCCGUGUGUGGCGACGGCUCGUGCGAGCGCCCCUUCCAGUACCCCGCGUUUGGCCGCUUUGGCUGUGAGGCGGACUGCGGCACGUUCCCCAACCUCACCUCCAUUGUUGUCAGAUUCUCCUCUCAACUUGACACACAGCAUGCUGCUGACGAAACUUCCUGGAACCUCUGCAUGGUUAACCCGGUCUCCCUCUGCUGGUACGAGUCAUUCCAGCCAUUCCCACUCGGCACGGCAGAGGCAUCGGUGGCGGUGGACAUUCCGGACGGCGACUGGGUGGUGGUGCUCAACGCGCCCGCGGGGGGCAUCCGCGGCACCGUGCACGCGCCCCCUCCCGGCACGCGACGCUUCUCCAUCGUCGGCGCCGCCUCCACCGUUGAGCUUGCCACGUGGGGAUACUGCGCGCAUGAUGAUGACGUGGAUGCAGCCAAUCAGGUGCAGCCCAGUGGUGGAGCCGCUGGUUCUCCACCUGACAUCUGUCGUGAUCGACUCACAGCCCUGCAGGUGGCGGUGUCGCGUGCGCUCUUCACCAUGGCCAAGGACAGAUGCCUGGCCGGCCGUGCUCCAGGGGCAGAGGCGAUGCAAGUGGCGGGAGCCACCAAGCACACGCUGAGAGGGCCGGGCAGCGUGAGUUGGCGCAUAGUGGCGUGCCUGUGCACCAUGCUGGGGGGACCCUCCACAACACUGGACGAGUGCCAGUUCACAAAUGAAACAGGGCAGCAGGUGGUGAAAGCGGCAGACAUGUAUUCUUACCUGCAGCGCACGCAUGUGAGCGGCGGGCGCAUAAUCUCAUCGCAGCACAUGCGGCGCUUCGUGCAAAUGAUGGUGGCGGCGCUGCGGUCCGUCACGCCCAUGGCGGAUGCAGAUGCGGCGCGCCUCAACACGCUCAUGCACGCCUUCGACGAUGCGAUUGUCACAUCGGACGCUGUCGGCUGUUCGCAAGGUGCUCAUGGGCGCCCGGUAGUGGUGGUGGGUGCGGAUGCACAUACGCAGGUCGUGAUUGACGAUGUCAGCGCUUCUCGCCCUUUUCUCUCCCUUCAGGCGGAGCAUGGCUGCCGUGGCGGGUAG